CCAUAUUUGUGUCGCUCAUUCACUCACUGUGUAGAGCAAACAGCAUCUCCAUGGAAACGCACGCUGCCGAAUAUCAAAUGUGAAAGACGUGCAGUUUCAGUAAUCUUUACCACUUAAGGACUAUCUGCGCUCUUUGAAGAAUCGACUGCCUGUUGUAGUAGUUUUAACUUAUUGCACAUUUGCGGCUUGUGCGGCGCAGCACAUCCUAAAGCCUUGUUAUGGUUCGCCAGACGGUUAGCUAAAGGCAGUCGUCAGACCUGCUCCUUGUUGAUUAUCUAUGUUAACAAGAAGGCUAACAAAGCCAGAAACGUUUCCAUCAUCAUGGCCGUUUCAGUAGAAGAGGUUUCCUCGUCACUUGUACGGGAAUAUCUGAGUCGAAAGGGACUCAAGAGGACGAUUGCCUGUAUGGAUGAGGAACAUCCACGCACAGAAACAAGCAUAAACAACAGGUCACACUUGAGGCAGAUACUCAACAUCGAGGCCCUCUAUAGAAAGAAUAAGGUUCAAAAGUCUCCCCUUAAAACAUUACUGGAGAUAAUUGUAAAGCAUCUCAUCAAGGGACUUAAGAAUGACAGCAUCACUAGCGAUGAACAUGAUUCUGUGCAGUCUGCUCCAACUGACAGCUCUGCUGCUAAUUCUCCUGCAAUAACACCAACCAUGGUGAAUGACACAGAGGAUAGCACAGCAGCUUUUGUGAGCAAACACAUCAAAUUAAGGUCUGGCAUAGACGAAAUCUGCUCUUCUCAGCCUACAUAUCCGUCAUUAAUAUCUGAGACAAACAGAGUGUUCAGUCAUAAUCAAACAGGUUUCUGGGCUAAUGACUCAGAAGAUCAAAAAGGUCAGCCAUUAGUGGCUUCCCUCCAGAAAGAUGAGAGCUUCCUAAGAAGAGAAUCAGAAAAAAAGACCUCCAUCACUGAGAAUACCCAAAAGAGCAGAACUAAUCGAAUUAGACGUGGCAUGAUGGCUGGACCAGUAGCUAGCACACUGCAGGCAUCAAACAAAAAAAGACAGAAUCGAAGACUGGAAGUGCCUCUGCUCAGGAAAGAAGAAGAAGACGAAAACAUGCAAUUAAAGGAUGGGGUUAUAGUGCCUGACUUAACUCAGAAAAGCUUAGAAAGUGGCCUGACUGAAAUCAGCUCAUCUGCCUGUGUAGGAAGGCGACGUGUCUUGCGGAGUGCUCCAGAGAGAAUGCAGAGGGAAAGUAGCUUUGAAAAAGUGGGACUGGACAUACUAAAGACUAAAAAAGUAAAGUCUCUGACCACGCGAAAUGUGGCUGAUCUGGAUGUGUCUGAGAUGGUUUUAGAUGACAUUGAUGACGAUGAUGACAAUCUGCGGGAAGUUUCCCAAAUGUCCUUCCAGAGAACCAUAACAGAGCAUAGCUAUGCUGGCCACCCAAUGGACCAACACACUGCCAUGGAACUGAAAGCGGUUCUUCUUGGUUCCAGCCUAAAUUGUUUCAGUGUUGAGUGGAGGAAUCAGGGUUUCAUAUUCUCAGAAAUGCAUGACCUGAGAUAUGGAAUUGUGCAGAAAAAGGGUGGUCCUUGUGGAGUUCUGGCAUCCAUCCAAGCCUUUAUUUUAAAGAAGCUACUGUUUGAAAGCAUCAGUAUCAGUGACUCAGGCCUUCAGAGAUUAAGACCUUCCAACAUUACUAGAAGAAAAUGUCUUGUUUUGGCUGCAGCUGAAAUCCUGUGGAGGGCUGGCGAGGGAAAACAAGCCACAGUUGCAAUAAAUUCAGGGAGAAGUCAUUUCACCCCAGCCAGAGCAUACAGAUCUGAAGGUGUGCUUGAAAAGGUUACAUGUUUCACUGUGGAUAACAUUGAGGACCUGCAGCUCUUUCUGGAGCAGCAUAUCGAGCAGUUUGAGACUGGCGAGUUGGGAUGCAUACUCCUGACCAUAUCUGCUAUUCUCUCUCGAUCUAUUGAAAAAGUAAGAGAGGAUAUGGACAUCCCUACCACCACACUCAUCGGAGCCCAUGGCUACUGCACACAGGAGCUGGUUAACCUGUUGCUCUGUGGAAGAGCGGUUCCAAAUGUCUUUGACAAUGACAUGGAGUUGGACUCAGGCAAUGGCAACAUGACUCUCCUCAAAGGAAUCAAAGGCCAAUGUGAUGUUGGUCUGCUGUCCUUGUUUGAACAUUAUAACAUCUGUAAGGUAGGAGCUUACCUGAAGACUCCCCGUUACCCCAUCUGGGUGGUGUGUAGUGAAAGCCACUUCAGCGUGCUUUUUGGCCUGCAGAGGGAGCUGUUGACCAAUCAGGACACAAGUCUGGACUUUGACCUCUACUAUUACGACGGACUGGCCAAUCAGCAGGAGGAGAUCCGUCUCACUGUCUCUGUCAGGCAAUUUGCCACGAGCUGUGAAGAUGUCGACACUGACCUCAUUCCUCCACUGGAACACUGUAUCCGAACAAGGUGGAAAGAUGCAGCUGUCAAUUGGAAUGACACAGAGCCCAUUCUCUGAUGGAUCACAUUAUUUUAUGUUAUGCAAAUCAUGACCAGUAACCAUUAACUGACAAUAAACACUUUAUGUCAACAAUAUUUUUUUAAAUAAAUGUUGUUCAUAUUA